AUGACGGAUACGGUUGUCGCGGAGGGACAAGUGAGGCUCCGAGAUGGGAAAAAGUGGAAGAACAGAUGGGUGGUUCUACGGAAACCGUCCCCCGUGGCAGACUGCCUGUCUCUGUUGGUGUAUAAAGACAAGUCGGAGAAGGUGAAGACGCAGAGGGAGAGGAGUCACGUGACGCUGGGCGAUAUCUGUGGAUUGGAGGCGUGGCUAGGGUACGAGGGAGUCAGCUAUGCCCUGGCCAUCCUGUGCAUCACUCAGACCGUGGUGAUGGGCUUUGACAGUAAAGACAGCCUCUUGGCCUGGGACACGAGAAUCAGAUACAGCCUGGGAGAGGUCCAUAGGUUCAGUGUGAACGUUCAACCAGGUACAAAACUGGAGUGCGGCCCUGCUACUCUCCAUCUGUGCAAUAACCUGCUCGUCAUCGCCAAGGACCUCCCCCCGGUCAUCAUCGGCCAAUGGAAACUCUCCGAUUUGAGGCGGUACGGGGCGGUGCCCAACGGAUUUGUGUUUGAAGGCGGGACACGCUGCGGCUAUUGGGCUGGGGUGUUUUUCGUUGCCUGUGCAGAUGGAGAACAGAUCAGUUUUCUGUUUGACUGCAUCGUCAGAGGUAUCUCUCCGACCAGAGGGCCUUUUGGACUGCGCCCUCCUCUACCAGAUCCCGGCCAAAGCCCAUCCUCUGCAGAGGAGAGAAUAAACCAAGAGGCCAGCGCUCUGGAGAAACGUCUCAGCAUGCUGUCUACAUGCAGUCGCCAAAGCAGCACCGCUUCCACGUCCAGCUACAGCACCUCCCUGGCAGGAGAUGACAGGAGCAUCUCCAGCUCCUCCUCCGAGACCAGCCAGUCUGACAGCAGCCUAAGCAGCCGUUUGGCCCUGUGGCCGGAGCCCGCCCGACAGUCCGCCCCCGCAGAACCCUCUUCCUCCUCCUCCUCCUCAUCGUCAGGGGCGACGGCAACCAAGGGAGCGUCGGCAAGCGCGGAGGAGCGCCUUUACGCGGCGGUGAUGGGAGGCGUCCGUCCGACGAGCAAACCCCCGCGCCCCAGGGGCCUCCAGGAGACGGGUCGACAGGGGUCAGCCGACAGCGGCAUCGCCACGGGAAGCCAUUCCUCUUAUUCCGGAAGCUUUUCCUCGUACACGGGAAGCCUGGACAUCGGACAGACGGAGACGGAGGAGUUCGGUUCCUUGGUCAGUUUGCCCUUUAGCCCUGGCACGAACCCCAGCCUUGGUACAAACUCUAGUCUCAGUACAAGCGUCAGCUCUAGCACUAGCGCAAACCCCAACCUCAGCCCGUACAACCCGAACUUAGCACCGUGGACAGGUGGCCCAACCCGUGAGCAGGCGCAGUGCACGUGCCCGCCGCGGGCGCCAGGGUCGGAGUACCAGACGCCCGGCUUUGCCUGGCAACACUAUGACACUCCUCGUAGCCUCCUCUCGCCAACAUCUACCCUGAAGGAGGUUGCGGGAUCCUCCCCGAGCGCUCCCCAAGACACGGGAGCCGUCGGCUGGGGGGCUCAGGGAUCAGACGAACCCCCGGCAGACACCGCUGUUACGCCCAAACGGACUCUCCCGCCGAGGUUGGACUUAAGCGACGUCGAAGGAAUGGCGCCACCCGGUGGCCUGGGGGCUGAAGGCGGCAGCUCCACCCAGCAAGCGGCGCGGGCUCCGCCUCCCGUAUGCGCCGUGUGCGGAGGAGUUCAGGCCACGCCCUUUUCCACCGCUGGGGUCUUCCACAUGCCUGCUUUACCAGGUAUGCAGAAGACAGAGGCAGAUCCUAAAGGCGGUUACGAGCGAAUGGCAUUUAGCAGUGACGCAUCUAGACGGAGUGACUUCGUUCCUGGAGAACACGGAGACUCAGUGUCCAUGGCGAUGGAGAGGUCUGGUGAAAGCGCUAAUUAUGUGAAUAUCCCAGUCAGUCCUACAUCCAAACGUCAGUUACACUAUAUGGAACUGGACCUGCAGGAAAUAGGAGGACAGGAACUUAGCCAUUCUGUCAGAGGAGGAGAUUCCAGUACCAAAUACGCCCAUAUAGACAUCACAGCGACAGAGACAGCCCAGAGGGUGGGGGCUCAGCACGCCCAAGGCAGAGAGGAGAGACUGCAGGAGCUAGAACAGAGGAGGAAAGGAGCGUUCAGCUAA